AUGUCGACCGCAGCCCACGCCAAUGGCAUGGUCGGUGGUGCUGCCGUGGCCUCCGACUCGCCCACAAAGCAAGCGCCCGUGUUUGUAUCGACAGUCUCGUCCGAAGACGUCUCCUCACCCGACGAAGUCGUCUCCGACUCGUCCAAGUCCAAUGCCAUCCACUCGGACUCCUCCUCGCAGCCCAAGCUCAAGGGCAUCCUCGAAAACGCCAACGACGUCGUCCCCACGCGCAGGGCUUCGCGCUCCGGCAGCGAGUCCGGCUUCAAGGCCGCACUCAAAGCCACCUUCCUCCCGCCACCCACUCCGGGCCGUCAGAUCAAGCUCAAAGACGGCAAGCGUCUCGGCAAGACCUUCAAGCGCACCGAGCCGCGCCCAAGCGAUUUUGAAGGCGGCGAGGUGCUCGAGUAUGAUCCGAGAGGCAAACAGGCCUCGGCAGGCGAUGGCAUCCUUCCCGCAGGCUGUCUCAAACCGCCGCCUCCGCUCGACACACGCGACAGCGCAAGCGAGUCCGGCUACGGCAGUGACCACGAGAGCAGCCUCGGCACCCCCAGCGAAGUCGGCGAGUUCAGCGACCUUUCGCGCUCCUACACCUCGGAAGCCAGCUCCACCUGGGCAUCCACCACCACAGACUCCAACGAGCGAGGCCGUCCGCACCUCCCACAUCCCAGUCGCGCAAGACAGUCGUCCAUGGCAAGCACCACUUCCAGCUCUAGCAACGCCGCCAUCAAGUUCGCCCCGCUCCCCGUGUCCGGUAGGCUCAAGCGUGCCAACUCGAUCACCAUCGGCGUCGCCGCACGCUCGCACCUCCUCCAGUCCCAAGGUACCGCCGCACCGCCACGCCAGUCGUACGUGCCUCCGCAUGUGCACAGCUCGCAAACCUGGUAUACCCACAACGCACAUCCGCGCCAGGACGAGGUGGUGGAUGUGGGCGAAGAGAUCAAAAAGGGCGCCACAAAGGUCAUGAAGCUUCUACGCGGCGGUGGUGGCAGUGCGGCUGCCAACGACGCUGCGGGUGCCAAGGCGAAAGGAACGGUCAGCAAUGCUGCCGGUGACGCGCAGUCCGACGCGCAAAAGAUGCAAGAUGCAAAACAGGCUCUGCUCUCCAAACCCAAAAAGGUGUUCCCCAAGGAAGGUGCGCCCGUCGCAGAUCCACAAACGGGCGAGCUUACGAUGGCCAAUGGCGACUCUGUGCACGCGGACGCCAAGGUUUCGACCGGCGACGUUACGGACGAAGCCAAGAAGAUGCCUGGCUCUGAGCUGGCGGAGCGUGUCAAUGGCGAAGAGACUCCACGUCGGACAGCAAGUCCGACGGCGCAGCUGCGCCACAUGUCUAUUUCGGAAGAGCCUGAGGAGGAAGACGCCGCGGCGGCCAUAGAGGCGGCGCAUGCGAGCAACGCGGCCAAAGCACAACAUCGUCCCAACGGACAUCAUCCACACGACCUCCAAGACGGUCCGCAGCACAACAGCUUCCACCUUGCCGACGAUCACGAUGGUGCGCUCGACUCGGGCGCUGCUACUCCGCGCAGUGGCAUGCAGCGCAGAUUGUCCACCGGCGCUUUCCUGCGCGGCCUGUCGAUCCGAGGCAUCCAAGAGGACCGCAGAAGAGACCUGCUCGGUCUGGAGGAGGGCGAAAAACGAGAUAGCACCGACAAGAGCGAUGCAGACAGACACGGCUUUGCCGUCAGAGGUCCUUCGGGCAAGGAGGAGGAACUUGGCCUUGAGGGGUAUGGCCACUCGCGUCCCGUUUACUCGUAG